CCUGCUGCCUUCGCCUUUGCUCGACGCGAGGCAUGGCGAGCUCAACACUCUUUUUGGCUCGGGUAUGCCGACGUGCAACUGCGUCGGCUCCUCCGUGUCGCCGCAGCUUGUUCGCUGCGUCGUUCAUAGCGAGACUGCAAGUAAGGCAUAAUGCGACGGCAGCGUUGCCGCGUGAGUCGAAGCAGGAAAAUGCGCCUCAAUGGCCUCAAGACGCUGCUUCGCUGUCAGCCAGGCAACAGAGUUCGGUGGAAGAUAGUCCUUCACUAGAUGGCACUCCUUCAACUACGGCUCCGGAAGCAAGCACGGCCUCCGAAGUGUCUGCCGCUGAGCCCGUCACCGCGGAAUCCGAACCGAAAACGUCGACUACCCCGGAAGCGCCCACAUUCCAGAGCAUGAAGGGCACCAUUCUCUACGAUACCUGGAAAGCGAUUACCGUUCGCCCGUACAAGUUCGCAUACAUGUCGCCCGUCCAGGCUGCCGUCCUUCCCCUCCUCCCGCAACUCACUGUUCCCUACGACUCUGAGAAUCCACCCACCCUACCGCGCGAUCUACUUGUGAAGGCGAAGACAGGCACCGGCAAAACGCUCGCCUUCCUCGUCCCUGCCAUCGACGCACGCAUCAAGGCUAUCGAGUUUUCCGGCAAGCGCGCCGUGCGUGAGGCCGGACUCGAGACGGACAAACAUCUCGCCGGCCAGGCGCGCCGCAAGUUCUCGCGUGAGCACGCCGGCGCGCUCAUCAUCUCGCCCACGCGCGAACUCGCGACGCAAAUUGCUAACGACGCCAUCAAGCUUUCGACGCACCACGACGAGUUCGGCGUGCAGCUCUUCACCGGCGGCUCGAGCAAGGGCGCGCAGAUGCGCAACUGGAUGCGGUCACGGAAGGACAUUGUUAUCGCGACACCUGGUCGGCUGCGGGAUCUGCUGCAAUCGGAACCGAGCGUGGCACAAUCACUGGCUAAGGUACAAACGCUCAUUUUGGACGAAGCCGACACUUUGCUGGACAUGGGCUUCCGCGAUGACAUCGACGCCAUUACGGCUCAGUUGCCGCCGACGCCCGAACGGCAGACGCUUCUCUUCUCCGCCACCGUCUCGCGCGCGAUCCGGCAGGUUGCCCGCUCAACGCUUGCGAAGGACCACCUCUUCAUCGACUGCGUCGGUGAGGACGACUCGGGCGUGCAUACGCACAUCCCUCAAUACCACACCGUCCUCCCCGAAGCGUCGGCGCAGAUCCCGCACGUGCUCCGCCUUCUCGCGCGCGAUCAGCUCGCGAACGCGGGCAAGAGCAAGGCCAUCGUCUUCCUCCCCACCACGAAGAUGACGCAGCUAUUCGCGACGCUCCUCAAGGAGCUUUCCAAGGACGCCCUCCCCGCCCAGAACAGCACGCGCGUGUACGAGAUUCACUCUGGCAAGGGCCAGGAGCAGCGCACGCGCGCCUCUGACGCUUUCCGCUCCGACAAAUCCGGCGCGUGCGUUCUCGUCACGUCGGACGUAUCCGCGCGCGGCGUCGACUACCCGGGCGUGACGCAGGUCAUCCAAGUCGGUAUCCCUGCCUCGCGCGAUCAAUACGUGCACCGCGUCGGACGCACGGGCCGCGGCUCGCACGUUCAGGGCCGGGGCGACCUCGUCCUUCUACCCUGGGAGGGCGCUUUCGCGACGUACGAGCUGAACGAGGUGCCGCUCAAGCCGCUGACGAGCGCGGCGCUGGAGGAGGAGGUUCGCGAGCUCGCGACGCAGUUCGAUGCGGACCCGAGCGGGUACUGGGAAAAGGCUACGGCAGCGGCAGCCGCUGCCAACACCUCGUCCUCCCCUAUGCCGGUGGUCAAGACCCGACGGGAGCGCGAGAAGGAAGAACGCAUCGCGAAGAGGACCGCGGGCCCGCGUAUGUUCCGCGCGCCGGUGCUGCCCGCGCUGGUGGAUAUGGACGCCACGGUGAAAGACCUGCUCACGCAGCUCGACGAGGAGGCCGUCUCGGACACGUUCGGGUCCCUGCUCGGGUUCUACAUCGGCCGCGUGCAGGAGCUGCGUGUGGCGCGAAGCGUGAUCCUCAAUGGUCUCCGCGAGUGGGCGACGGGCGCGCUCGCGAUGGCCAAGCCGCCGCACGUGUCCGAGCAGUUCUUGGCGCGGAUCGGGUACUUCAGCAGCGAUCGGCCCCAGGAGCGCAGGGGCGGGAGCAGGGGAGGAUUUGGAGGAGAUAGGAGGGGCGGGUUUGGUGGAGGCGACAGGAGGGGCGGGUUUGGUGGAGGCGACAGGAGGGGCGGGUUUGGUGGAGGCGACAGGAGAGGCGGAUUUGGAGGAGGAGAUAGGAAAGGCGGGUUUGGAGGAAGGGACGAGGGCAGAGGAUCCAACAGGCAACCUGCGUGGGGACAGAGGGGCAGCUCACGCAACUGGGCAGAGAAGGACGAGGGUCGCGAGAGGCGAGGGAGCCGGUACUGAGCGUUAGGCUCAGACGGGGUGGCACGUUCGAGGUGCCUUGAGGUUUAUUAGACGCUUGGGGUGCUCGCCCAGCAGGGUAUCCUUGGCCAUUCGCACUGCAUGGCACAGUGCAGCACCAUCGAUGUAAAUUAUUCUUGCUUAAUUCUGUAUCCAUAGGAGCACAUUAAUGCAAUACACACACAUCAC